CCGGAAGAGGUAGCCCUGGGGACUAGAAGGCUCUAGAAGCGUCUAGAAGUUUCAUAGCAUUUGUGUGCACCCUCUAUAAAAGCAGCAGCAAGCCAUUGCCGGCUUGUCAGUAUAGAAGAAAAUUUCGUGCGGUGAGCGUCUGUUUAAGGACAAAAAACAAAGCGAAAAAGUGAUUUUUAUUUUCUGCCCAAAGAAAACUGAAUACAUAUUGUUUCUAAAGUUUAUUCUGUGAAAAAUUAUACAAGAUGCCAGAAGAAACGGAGACUUUCGCAUUCCAGGCUGAGAUUGCUCAGCUGAUGUCGUUGAUCAUCAACACAUUCUAUUCGAACAAGGAGAUCUUUUUGCGUGAAUUGAUUUCGAAUGCGUCCGAUGCCCUCGACAAGAUCCGCUAUGAAUCGCUGACGGAUCCCAGCAAACUUGACUCCGGCAAGGAGCUGUAUAUCAAGCUCAUCCCCAAUAAGACCGCUGGCACAUUGACCAUCAUCGAUACUGGCAUCGGUAUGACCAAAUCCGAUUUGGUCAAUAACUUGGGCACCAUUGCCAAGUCGGGCACCAAGGCAUUCAUGGAGGCGUUGCAGGCUGGCGCCGAUAUUUCCAUGAUUGGUCAAUUUGGUGUCGGUUUCUAUUCGGCCUAUUUGGUGGCUGAUCGCGUCACGGUCACCUCCAAGAACAACGAUGAUGAACAGUAUAUCUGGGAGUCGUCUGCCGGUGGCUCGUUCACUGUUCGUGCCGAUAACUCGGAACCAUUGGGCCGCGGCACCAAAAUUGUGCUGUACAUCAAGGAGGAUCAGACCGAUUACCUCGAGGAGAGCAAGAUUAAGGAGAUCGUGAACAAGCACUCGCAGUUCAUUGGUUAUCCCAUCAAGUUGCUGGUGGAGAAGGAGCGCGAGAAGGAGGUCAGCGACGAUGAGGCCGAGGAUGAGAAGAAGGAGGGCGAAGAGAAGAAGGAGAUGGACACCGAUGAGCCUAAGAUCGAGGAUUUGGGCGAGGAUACCGACACCACCACCAAGAAGAAGAAGACCAUCAAGGAGAAAUACACCGAAGAUGAGGAGCUUAACAAGACGAAGCCCAUCUGGACACGCAAUCCCGAUGAUAUCUCGCAGGAGGAAUACGGAGAGUUCUACAAGUCCUUGACCAACGACUGGGAGGAUCAUUUGGCCGUCAAGCAUUUCUCCGUCGAGGGUCAGUUGGAGUUCCGUGCCCUGUUAUUCAUUCCCCGACGCACACCCUUCGAUCUUUUUGAGAACCAGAAGAAGCGGAACAACAUCAAGCUGUAUGUGCGUCGCGUCUUCAUCAUGGACAACUGCGAGGAUCUCAUUCCCGAGUACUUGAACUUCAUGAAGGGUGUUGUUGACUCCGAGGAUCUGCCAUUGAACAUCUCCCGUGAGAUGUUGCAGCAGAACAAGGUGCUCAAGGUCAUCCGCAAGAAUCUAGUCAAGAAGACCAUGGAGCUGAUCGAGGAGCUCACCGAGGACAAGGAGAACUACAAGAAGUUCUACGAUCAGUUCAGCAAGAACCUCAAGCUGGGCGUCCACGAGGAUAGCAACAAUCGUGCUAAGCUCGCCGAUUUCUUGCGCUUCCACACCUCCGCGUCUGGCGAUGAUUACUGCUCUUUGUCCGACUAUGUGUCGCGCAUGAAGGAGAACCAGAAGCACAUCUACUUCAUCACCGGUGAGACCAAGGAUCAGGUCAGCAACUCGUCGUUUGUGGAGCGUGUCAAGGCACGUGGCUUUGAGGUCGUCUACAUGACCGAACCCAUUGACGAGUAUGUCAUUCAGCAUCUUAAGGAGUACAAGGGCAAACAGCUGGUGUCCGUCACCAAGGAGGGUCUCGAACUGCCCGAAGAUGAGGCCGAGAAGAAGAAACGCGAGGAGGACAAGGCCAAAUUCGAGAGCCUCUGCAAACUGAUGAAAUCCAUUCUCGACAACAAAGUCGAAAAGGUUGUUGUCUCCAAUCGUCUGGUGGAUUCACCCUGCUGCAUUGUCACCUCGCAGUUUGGCUGGUCCGCUAACAUGGAGCGCAUCAUGAAGGCGCAGGCAUUGCGUGACACCUCCACCAUGGGUUACAUGGCCGGCAAGAAGCAUUUGGAGAUCAAUCCGGAUCAUCCGAUUGUGGAGACACUGCGCCAGAAGGCUGAUGCCGAUAAGAACGAUAAGGCCGUCAAGGAUCUGGUCAUUCUGUUGUUCGAGACAUCGCUGCUCUCGUCCGGCUUCUCCCUGGACAGCCCCCAGGUGCAUGCCAGCCGCAUUUAUCGCAUGAUCAAGCUGGGCCUUGGCAUCGACGAGGAUGAGCCAAUGACCACUGAGGAUGCUCAGAGUGCUGGCGAUGCUCCUUCUCUCGUCGAGGACACCGAGGAUGCUUCCCACAUGGAGGAGGUCGAUUAAGCACACAAUCCAUCACCACCUCCUUUCUCAGCUCAUACAUGUACCACUCGCCCACGCCAUCAUCACCCAUCACUCUCCAGCUACCCAAAUUACAUAGAAACUAGAAACAUAUUUCAUAAAAUACCAAACAAAAAAAAUUGCCGAUUAUGUUAUGUGUAACAGAAUGGAGCUCUGUAAAAUGUUUCAGUUAAAAUUUGUGUUAACAUUUUGUCGCGUUGUAGGCGACAAUAAUACGCUUAAAACUCACCACACAUAACCGUAAUUUUAGUACCAUCAUAUAUAUUUUGAGCAGUUGUUUGUAAGAAAAUUAUAAUUUAGAAUCCAAGUAAUUUAUGGCAUUUGCAAAAACAAAGACUACAUAUGCGCUAGCUAUAUAAAAAUACAUAUGUAAUAAGUUUGGAUGAUCGGAUGAUAAACAUAAACAUAUAUCUAAUAAACAAGCAAGAUGUGUUUAAAAAUCAAUAAA